AAAAAGCAAAAGAGGUAAGAAGACCAUAGGCUGGCUGCUACUACACAUACACACAGCACAUGUUAUGAAAACGAAAAGAAAAAGCUGUGUUGUAUGUGUGUGAUGGCAUUUGUGAAUAAAUGAAUGUCAUGCUGAGGGCCUUUUGGGGCGUUUAGUCCAAAAUAUUCCUGAACCAGUCAUCAACCGUACGCAUUCUUUGAUAGUUUAAUCAUCAACAGCCACAGCAUAGGUCUCAGUUUGUGUUGCUGUUCCUGAAACAUACACAGCUCAGGCAACAGCAGGAGGAGGAGUUGCCUUUUCUCAACUCUCCUCACUCACUCUUUCUAUUCUAAGAGAUAGAGAGAAACAUGGUUUCUGAAACCUCCCUCUCUUCUUCUAAACGCUCUCCAGCAUCUACUCCUAAGUUCUGCAACUCUUUCACUACUAGGAUUUUUGCUGAUGUUGCUGGUGAUAUUACCAUUGUCGUUGAUGGGGAGUCUUUUCUGCUGCAUAAGUUUCCCUUGGUGACCCUAAGUGGGAAGAUCAGGAAGAUGGUGGCUGAAUACAAGGGUUCCAAUGUUUCAAACUUGGAGCUACCCAACUUUCCAGGGGGGCACCAGACAUUUGAACUUGCCAUGAAGUUCUGUUAUGGGAUGAAUUUUGAGAUUACAACAUUCAAUGUUGCCCGGCUUCGAUGCGCAGCAGAGUACCUGGAAAUGACAGAAGAAUACCGGGAGCAAAACCUCAUCUCAAGAGCAGAGAUAUAUCUGAAUGAGAUUGUCUUUCAGAGUCUUCAGAAGUCAGUGAAAGUGCUAUCCACCUGUGAGAUGUUACCUCCAAGUGUAGUGGAUGAAAUUGAAAUAUCAAACGGGUGCGUGGAAGCCAUUGCAAUGAAUGCUUGCAAGGAGCAACUAGUUUCUGGUUUAUCUAAAUUAGACUGUGAUGGUGAAUCUAGAGAACUAAAGGAGGAUUGUGUUGCAUGGUGGGUUGAAGAUCUCUCAGUGUUGCGUAUUGAUUACUUCCAGAGAGUCAUAUGUGCCAUGGGAAGAAUGGGGGUGAGAUCAGACAGCAUUAUUGCAUCACUGAUGCAUUACGCUCAAUCAUCAUUGAAGGGUAUUGGAAAGUGUCAAUUCUGGAAUCCAUCAAGGACAAACUCAAGUCCAACCAGUGUAGAAAAGGACCAGAGGAUGAUUGUGGAAACUCUUGUAAGUCUCAUGCCAGCAGACAAAAGCUCUUCCAUUCCAUUGACUUUUUUGUUUGGCAUGUUAAAGAUGGCUAUCAUGUUGGGUGCCACCAUUCCCUGUAGGCUUGAGCUUGAAAGGAGGAUUGCAUUGCGGUUGGAAAUGGUCCCAUUAGAUGAUUUGCUUAUACCAUCUCUACAGAGUGGGGACUCCUUGUUUGAUGUUGAUACAGUUCACAGGCUUCUGGUGAAUUUCUUGCAAAGGGUUGAAGAGGAAGAAACUGAAGAUUAUGGGUAUGAAUCUGAUGGUCUUGCUUCUGCAGGCCAUGGUUCUCUACUAAAAGUGGGGCAGCUUAUUGAUGCUUAUUUAGCAGAAAUUGCUCCUGAUCCCUACUUAAGUCUACAGAAAUUCGUUGCUUUGAUUGAGAUACUUCCUGAUUAUGCUCGAGUUAUUGAUGAUGGCCUCUACAGAGCUGUGGAUAUUUAUUUGAAGGCACAUCCAGCACUAACAGAACAAGAAUGUAAGAAACUUUGCAAGAUGAUAGACUGCCAGAAGCUGUCUCAAGAAGCAUGCAACCAUGCAGCCCAAAAUGACAGACUUCCACUGCAGACGGUGGUGCAAGUCCUGUACUGUGAGCAGCUGCGGUUGAAGAACGCGUUGUCGGGUAGUUCGGGAGAUGGGUUGCUGUCACAGAGAAUAAGCAGUGGUGUUCCAAGUGCAGCCAUGUCCCCCAGGGACACCUACGCUUCUCUGCGGAGAGAGAACCGAGAACUGAAGCUGGAGAUUUCAAGAAUGAGGGUGAGGCUGAGUGAGUUGGAGAAGGAGCAGAUGUUCAUGAAACAAGGCAUGAUUGAUAAAGCAGGAAAUGGAAGAACAUUCUUAACAUCACUUUCAAAGGGAAUAGGGAGAAUUGCAAUUUUUAGUGGUCAAGGAGGUGGAAAGCGCCAAAAAUCAGGUAGGAAGUCUCGUGGUUCAGAGGGGAAAACUGGUAGGAGUAGGAGACACUCUGUCUCAUAGAUAUAAUAUUGUUCUUCUUAGCUAUAAGCUUUUACAGCACUCUCUAUUAUACCUUAUCAGGUGAUCACAACGUGUAAAUGAUUUGGUCACAAGUGUCUCUUCAUCCUUGCCUUGGUCGUUAGUUUGGCACUUGAACUUCAAUGUCCUACAUUCUCUCUUCCCCUUCUCUGCUGUAUAUGAUUUCACCUGCUGAGGUAAGCUCGCACAGUGACACCAAGAGGAAGCUUCAUCAAGCCCCACUUCCUUUCUCUAACUUUCACACCCUAAUGUACUUAUUUCUUGUCAAACAUGCUCCUUAAAUUGUUUGAAAAGGAAAAUGUAACAUAUGCAACCAAGUACUAAAUGAUUAACCUUAGGUUUAAGUUUCAGUAACUUCUCAUUGCAAGAUAAAUCCUACGCUGGCUUGUGGAUGCCUAUUGGUGACACGAAUGGCAAUUGUUUCCAUCCCUUCUGCCCAAAAAUAUCAUUAUUGGUACGUUACAGGCAUGCAGCAUCCCCCACAAAUCCGAAACGAACAUUUUGUUGAUAGUGUUGGCGCAUGUUAUUGUCUCGGGAAAAACAUGGACAUGUUGGUUACAGAAUUCUUGAGAUAUGUAUUAUUCUUCAUUGUCUAUGCAAGGAAACGGAUCUUUCUAA